UACCCAAGGAACACGCCAAAGACUCUCUUUAGUAUACAUAUAGCACUAAGCUUAUAUAUAUGGGUUUGAUCCUAUAAACCCUCACUCACUACCUUUACCAAAAACCGAUAGCCAAGAACUUUUGUUUUCCUUUGUCUUUCUGAAAUCAUGGAUCGAUUUCCGUUCUUGAAUGUUGUAAUGGAGGGAUUGGGUAUUCUACAUGAAACCCGCAAAUUGUUUCUCAAGAACAAAAAAAUGUCGAUGAUGUUCUCAGUCUUGGUAUUCCCCUUCUUACUCAAUUGUUUAGUUUUCUUGUUUAACCAAACGUUUGUGGGUUUUUCAUACAUCUUCAUGGCAGUAUUCCCCAUUAUUAACCUCUAUUCUGAUCUAGUCACCGUUCACGCAUCAGCUCUUACUCUGAAAAAUGAAAACAUCAAGAUCAAAUAUUUUCCGGUUAUGACCUUUAAAUCUUGGAAGGGACCUCUUGUGACAAAAUUCUAUAUUGCUCUUUUCAUUCUUGGCUAUGGGUUCCUAUACGCUAUAAUUUUUUGUCCUCUCUUAGUGUUUUCUUCAAAACUUUUUUUCUUGGUAGCCAAGUCUGUCCCUUUAUUGAUUCUAUUGGAAGUCUAUGAGUCCUAUUUAGCUAUCGUUUGGAACUUAUCUAUGGUCAUAUCGAUACUAGAGGAAACUUAUGGGAUCAAAGCUUUAAGGAAAGCUGCAAAGAUUGCUAAAGGGAUGAAGCCAAAAAUAUUUCUCUUGAAUCUUUCCUUCCAUUUAUUGACAUUCGGAUUAGGUCAAAUCUUGCAGCUGAUAAAUUGGAGAAGAUCUUUCUCGGUUACCUUAGCCACUGGUUUAGUCUUUGUGUGUUUGGACUUUGCGCUGAGGAUGUUUCAGCUUGUGACUUACACCGUUGUCUAUUUCCAAUGUAAGAGCCUCCAAAGCAAAGAUGUUGAGUCGCUCGGAGAUGUGGAAUAUACGAAAUUGUCCUCCAAUACUGUCAUGGGAUGAUUGGCAUGAUAUUCCAAGAGAAGGGGCCCAGAUGAUAUUUAAUCGGUGGAUUUGUUUGUUUAUCUUGAGAAUAUUUAAGUUGACCAUUGACUUGGAAAAUUAUUUUUCAAGCCUUUUUUUUUUUGUCAUAGUUGAAUAAUAAAAAAUUUGGUUGAUUAUAUUGUUUUAAGAUUUU